AUGCUCACCUAUGCUUGUACAACCUAUGGUGAAACCUUUUCCACCAAGAAUCCUUAUAUCUCUCACAGCAAGAAGUGCUGUUCCAAGGCUACCAUUCACCUGGCUCAUACCAACCAGACAAUUGAAGUGGUAAAGGAUGGAAAGGGGAAUUUCAUCUGUCAAUGUUCUGUCAUGGGUUGUCCCAAACCCUUCAAGUUUGCUAACAGUCUCAGAGCUCACAUCAAGAAGGCUGGCAGUAGAUGGCUAGGGCCAGAAAUACAGGGUGAUCCAUCCAUGGGGAAACUUGACUUGAAAAAUAAGCAACUCCAUGAGCAAGGGAUGGAAGCUGGAUCCAGCAGGGACUUGACCCAUGAGGAGGAGAGUAAUGCAGGUGGUCCCAGCAGGACCAGCAAGCACUUGCAUGAUGAUAUCAGUGAGAGUGACAGCAGAGAUGUGAGUACCAAGCUUAUGGCCAUUGGUGACAAGGGAGUGAUGUGUGGUCAUGGCACACCAGUUCCAUCACAGGGGAUCCCCAUGCUAAACAGGGAAACAGAUAGCCAAGGAUUUGUGUCAGAUCCCAUCCCCUCACUGUUGGUGCACACCUUCUGCUCUCCCCCUACCCACAAAACUCACCAGUUGAUUCCACAAGAUGAAAUUAUGCAUUCACCCCCUCCACCAGCAGUCUGGGUAACCAUUCCAGGGCAAUGUAAGGAUGGUGUCACCUACAGCCCACAAGUCAGUCCCUCCCCCAAAAUCCCCUCAAGCACCAGCACCAGCACCAGCACCAGCACCACCAUUGCCAUCUCUCAUGUGAAUGCAGAAUUCCAUUUCCUGACAUGCCAAGUCUGUGAAAUGCCAUUGGGAGUGGGAGAAGUCAAGAGCCAUCUGGCAAAGAUCCAUGGCAGACAGGCAACCUACAGUGACAUGACCUUGAAGCCAGCCAUGGCAUCACUGGAGGUAAAUGACAGGGUGCACCCACAAUUCAAGAAGGCAGAGAAGGAGAACAAGGACUGCAAGUUUGCAGAUGUGGUGGCACCUGCAGCAUAUGGGAUCUAUCAGAAUGAGGAGUUACAAAGGGAAGCAGAGAAAAGGUUUGGGGAAAGCUGGGGGGAGGGUGGAGUGUAUGUGAAGUGGUUGAUGAGGCAACCAAGGCAAGGACAUCACAGCAACUUGAUUGACCUGAUCAUGUGGUAUCAUGAGCAUUCACAGACAUGA